CAAUUAAAGGUGGUAGCUGUGCUUGUGCAAGAUCAGGCUUUGAGUUGAGUUGGUGAGCAUGGGGGGAAGAGAAUGUCACCCAUCUUUUUCCUCUCUCUUCUUCUGCGUUUUGGGUUUUUUCAUUCUGCUUGUUUCCUCCGGCGCCACGGCCGGCAACCGGGAAGAUCAGGUGCGGGACAGGAUCGUCAAGCUACCUGGGGAGCCGCCCAAUGUGGGCUUCUCUCAGUACUCGGGGUACAUCACGGUGGACCCAAGGGCGGGGCGGGCUCUGUUCUACUGGUUGAUUGAGGCCCCUAAGAGCCGUGGGCCAGCAUCCAGGCCGCUUAUCUUGUGGCUGAAUGGUGGGCCAGGGUGCUCUUCUGUGGCCUACGGGGCCUCAGAGGAGGUGGGUCCCUUUAGGGUGCGCCCGGAUGGAAAGACUCUCCAUUUGAACCCGUAUGCAUGGAAUGCAGAGGCGAAUUUGCUUUUCCUGGAUUCACCAGCUGGGGUUGGUUUCUCUUACUCAAAUACCUCAUCUGAUCUCCCAAAUGUUGGUGACAAGAGAACAGCAAAAGACACCUACAAAUUUCUCAACAAUUGGCUUCAGAGGUUCCCUCAAUACAAACACAGGCCUUUCUACAUUGCCGGAGAAAGCUAUGCAGGUCAUUACAUUCCUGAGCUGUCUCAAAUCAUCGUCCAACGCAACAAGGGGAUGAAGAAUCCUGCCCUCAAUUUCAAAGGUUUCUUACUGGGGAAUCCGCUGAUCGAUGAUUAUUACGAUAACAAGGGGACACAUGAGUUCUGGUGGAGCCAUGGUCUGAUCUCAGAUUCCACGUACGAGGCUCUGAAAGAGGCCUGCGCCAACGACACGUUUCUGUUCCCAAAGGACAAAUGUAACAAUGCUCUUACCGGCGCUUACAAAGAGUUUGGAGACAUCGAUCCCUAUAACAUUUACAGUGGUCCUUGCCGAGAAGUUGCCACCCUUGGCAACAACUCAAAGCUUCCACUACCAUGGACUUUCAGAGGGAAUGAUGAGUGCAUCGUGAGGUAUACAAGAAAGUACAUGAAUCGUGGAGAGGUGCAGAAGGCCUUCCAUGCAAAUGUUACUCAUCUUCCUUAUUCAUGGGCGACUUGCAGUUCUAUAGUACGGAGGAACUGGAGUGAUUCUCCCAAAUCCAUGCUUCCCAUCUUUAAACAGCUCAUAUCAGCUGGUAUCAGGAUUUGGCUCUUCAGCGGGGACACCGAUGCUGUUUUGCCAUUGACUGCAACCCGAUAUUCGAUCAAAGCUCUAAAGCUCAAAACAAUCACAAAUUGGCACGCUUGGUACGAUGACAAACAAGAGGUUGGUGGGUGGAGCCAAGUGUACGAGGGUCUCACCUUUACAACAGUCAGAGGAGCAGGGCAUGAGGUUCCACUGGGUCAACCCCGCCGAGCCCUCAUACUACUUGAGCAUUUCUUAAAUAAUAAGCCCAUGCCUGCUGCACCGACUUUGUUUUAGGCUAGGAUUCUUGUUAAAUCUUCUGAACCCUUUUUAUUUUUAUUAUUUAUUUAUUUUUAUUUUUUAUUUAGGUUUUUAUUUUUAAAGAAAAAUGUUGUAUUCCUUAAUUCAUUUCUACAAUAUUUACUAUAUAUAGUAUGUGGUGUGGCAGAAGCGCAUAUGGAGGAACCUUUGCCAACAUUUAAUAGUA